CUGCUAAUGUCGGGGAUUGGUCUGGAGUCGGGGCCAGGCUUGUGGAGCUCCAGUUGUGGUUCAGUCAAGGAGCAGGGCUCAGUUUAUUGCUGGUACUCAGGCUCAGUGUGGAAUUAGGUUUGAGUCUAUGAUGAAAAUCAGGGUCAGACUGGGGCUCUUUCUCAGCCCCGACUCAUGUGGCCUUCCUCUCCGCAGGUGCCCAGGACCCCACGCCCAGGGGUGGAGUCAGCUGACAGCAGGCGUCUGGGUACCAAGCACAGCAGGAAGGCCUUGAAGGCCAGCCUGACACUGGGCAUCCUGCUGGGCAUGUUCUUUGUGACCUGGCUGCCCUUCUUUGUGGCCAACAUAGUCCAGGCGGUGUGCGACUGCAUCUCUCCAGGCCUCUUCGAUGUCCUCACGUGGCUGGGGUACUGCAACAGCACCAUGAACCCCAUCAUCUACCCCCUCUUCAUGCGGGACUUCAAGCGGGCCCUGGGCCAGUUUCUGCCAUGCCCUCGCUGUCCCCGGGAGCGCCGGGCCAGCCUCGCCUCGCCCUCCCUGCGCACCUCUCACAGCGGCCCCCGGCCCGGCCUAAGCCUGCAGCAAGUGCUGCCCCUGCCCUUGCCGCCGGACUCAGACUCAGACUCGGGCUCGGGUGGCUCCUCGGGCCUGCAGCUCACCGCCCAGCUGCUGCUUCCUGGAGAGGCCACCCGGGAGCCCCCACCACCCACCAGGGCCGCCGCUGCGGUCAAUUUCUUCAACAUCGACCCCGCGGAGCCCGAGCGGCGGCUGCAUGCACUUGGCCCCCCUGCGAACUGACCUGGGCUUAGAGCUGGCCAUGGGGAGCAGGAAUGGAUGGGACCCGGGCCCCAAGGUCUCAGGCCAGCUUUUGGCUCGAGCCAGGAAGCUGCAGGUCUCCUGGGAGCCCUGUGAGUAGACGGAGCCAGCCCCUACUGCCCACUCCAGGCCCCUCACCUGGAGGGAGAACAGGUGACUCUGAGACAGCUUUCUGCAGGAUGCUCUACUGGCAAGUGGAUAGAGGAUGAGCCAGAGGGCUCCAGGUGCCGGGAAGAUGGACCUUUUGGUUCAGGCUAAGAGGAAAACAGUCAAGUCCUUGGCCACACUGUCAGGCGGGACUGGAGGGGAUGCCUCCACCUGCAGAUGUGGGUGAGGGCGUGGCUGAAUCCCUCACCACCCAGAGUGAGCCCGGACCACAUCAGCAUCCUCGAGACCUCCCGAGAGUCUUAAAAACGCACAUCUCUGCCCCACCCAGACCCACGGAGUCAGAAUUGCAUGUGAACAAGAUGCCAGGUGAAUUGUGUGCACAUUACACCUUGAGACAUGCAGGCUCAGGUGACCUGGAACGCUAAGAACAAUUUGCUGAAUGACCUAAGCCAGGCAGGCACACCCCUGAGUCUCUGCUCUAGGGGCUGACACAGGCUACCUAGUCUCUCUGGGUCUCAGUUAUCCUGUGUGUAAGAUGGGGUAAUAAUGCCUAUUCCAUCAUAGGGUUGUCUUGAGAAUGAAGACA